UGUAUUUAUUAUUGUAUUUCGAAUUUUCAACAAUGGAUGAGGAUUAUGCCCAACGAAAAGUUCGAAAACAAUAUUACAGCUGCUUGAACUAUUCAAAAACUCAUGUAAUGGAGUCAACGCUACGCAGUCACCAUGAUGGGCAGCGCUACAAACCCGCCACGCGAGGCACUUGCUCACGCCAUAUGCAGGCCAAGACUCAAGAUAAAAAUUGCGCUGCCAAGCGUGCGCAGCCCAAGCCGCCGCCGAUUGCGUACUCCAAGUAUAAGAUGCGCCAUACUGCAGUGCAGCCAUCUCGCCAGUCCAUGGAGCGAGCAACACGUGCAGAGCUCAGAUGUGCAUAUCGCGCUCACGAUCGUCGCUCGCCCAGUCCGCCGCUGAAGCAACGCGUGCACUACUCGGACUACAAGCACAAGCAGGAAGUCAGUCCACGUAUUCCACGUGUUGCUGCUGGUUGCUCGCAUACACGCAAGGAGGCGAAUGCGCCGCCCUCGCCUUGGGCUUUGGGCCAAGCGCCCAGGCAAACGACGGAUCCCAAGGCAGCUGGCGAUGUAAUUGACUGUGUGCUGUAUCGAAAUAAAAACUUUGGCAAGGAACAGAACAGUGAUGGGCUCUUGGACGAUCCAAUGGAACAUGAUAUGACGUAUAGAAUCAAUCGCUUUAAGCAUAUGAAGAGUCCUUCCUUGGAGUCGGCGCGUGAGCGUUGCCGUAAGAUGAAUGAACACUUUGCGGCCAAGUAUGCCAAAAAGGAUUUGCUCAUCACAGACACGGAGUCCAUGAACUCGAAGAAAACAGCGCGCUCCAUUAAAACUGUGAUCAGCACUAGAAAUGUGGAUGCAUUGCGCGGCAUGGUGCGCUCUCAGGUGCAAUUGCAGGAGAUUCUACAUCGCUCCAUAGAUCGUGCUAAUGAGCUGAAGGAUAAACUUGACAAAAAGCCAUGCACCAAGGUGGAUUUACCCUCAUUAGGGCUAUCGGAAAUGUCAGCGUGCUACUCAACAACGCGCUCCAAGAAGCAACCAGUGGCCAAGCACUCUGAUAUGGGCAAACCGCAGACAGUGGCUUCAUGUGGCACCAUAUCGAUAGCCAAUGAUUCCUUAUUACAUGGCAAGCCGGAAGCCAACGGCAGUCAUUUCUCUUUUAGCGUCGAGGAUGUGGUGAACAGCAGAGUCAUCACGCCCAUGAUACGGCGCAUACAGCGCAUGUAUUUGAAUAAUCUGCAAGAGGAAAUGGCUUUAAUGGAGGAGCUCGAGCGUGUACCCAGUCUGGUGAGCGAGGUGUACAAGAGUGCCGACCAGCAGGGGCUGCUAAUGGAGAAGUAGUUAUUGUAUUUUAUUUUUUAAUGUUUGGUUUAUUAUAUUUUGUAUGCCACAGUGCGA